GUAUAUUGUAUGAUUUUGAAUAGCUAAAACACAAAUCAACCCGCUUUCAUUUUGAGAAACCAGAACGUUUGUCUUCAAUAAUAAGUUAUUUAAAGGAACAAAAUCUUUUAAAUUCGCCAAAUAUAGAAGUAAUAGAUAAGUUAACUCCUGCUUCAAAAGAAAUAAUACGAUACGUCCAUGAUGAAAACUAUAUAAAAUUUAUUGAAUAAAUGUAUCCUAAAGAUAGCAAAAAAAAACAGGUUUUGUAUGAAGAUACAUAUGCGAAUGAAUAUACCAAAUAAAUUGCUGAAAUUGGAGUCGGCGCAAUGGUUUAAGCUUUAGAUAAUAUUUAAAGUGGGAAAUGGAAAAAUGCAUUUUGUAUAAUAAGACCACCAGGACAUCAUUCUGGUGAAAAAAAUACUUGUUGUGGAUUUGCUUUUUUAAUAAUGUAGCCAUUGGUACUAAAUAUUUAUAAAAAAUAUAUGAACUUAAGAAAAUACUUAUUAUUGAUUGGGAUAUUCACCAUGGAGAUGGAACUUAAUUUAUAUUUAAUUAAGAUCCUUCUGUAUUAUUUAUAUCUAUUCAUAGACAUGAUAACGGCACUUUUUAUCCAAAUUCUGGUAAUGUAGAAAAUUCUGGAGAAGGUUUAGGAAAAGGUUUUAGCAUUAAUAUUCCUUGGGACAUUGAAGAAGGAUAAAAUAAUUAUACUGCAGGUACUGAUGAAUAUAUUUAUGUUUUCGAAAGAAUUAUUAUGCCCAUUAUUUAAGAAUUCUAACCUGAGUUUACUAUUGUUUCUUCAGGUUUUGAUUCUGCUUAAGGUGAUCCUUUAGGUGGAUGUAAAUUAACAUAUGAAGGAUAUGCGUUAUAUUAUAAAAAUUUAUGAAUAUUUAAAUAUUUUUAUUAAUAAAAAGAUAUUUGACAAAAAGAGUAAUGGAGAUUAAUAAUGGAAAAUUACUUGUUUGUCUUGAAGGAGGAUAUAAUUUAGAAAGUAUAAGUUGGGCAAGUGAAGCUGUAUUAAGAAUUUUAAAAGGAGAAGAGUUUCCUUUGGAAAAAAAUGAAAGAUAAGUUUCAUUCGAAUAGUUAAAAACUAAUAUAAAGCCUAAUAUUAUUGCAUUUAAUGCAGUAGAGAAAUGUUUAAAAGAAUUCAGUAAACAUUGGAAUUCCAUAAAAGAAGAAGAAAAUUAAUUCGAUAAACUAAUUUUAAAAAAUUUAAAUUAAAAUCAAAGUUCAAUAUGUGCAGGUCAUGAAUAAAGAUUUAUAAUAAAAGAUGAUAAAAUAUUAAAGGAAUCCAAUUAAAAUGAAAAGGAAUUUUACGAAGAAAUUUAUAAUAAAGAAAGCAAACUUUUAAAAUAAAACAAUUUUUUAAAAGAAUUAAUUCCUACUUUUUAUGGGGUUGAAAAGAUUGGAUAAAAGGAAUAUUUAAUUUUGGAAAAUUUAACUUUUGAUAAAGUUUCUUAUAACAUAAUGGACUUAAAAAUUGGAAAAUCAACAAAAAGUAAAGAGAGUAGUUUAACAAAAUAAAAAAAAAAUGAAAGUAAAGACUUAAAGUCUACUUCAAAUAAAUUAGGUUUUAGAAUAAGUGGAGCUAUUCUUAGAAAUUAAAGAGGUAUUCCUUUAGAAGUUAUUAAGAAAAAUACUAAAUUAGAUAAUAAAUAAACUGAAAAUGUAAUUUAUAAAAUUUUUAGUUCAUAUAAUUAAAAUGUAGAUGUUAAUCUAUUUGGGUUAUAACAGUUUCUUUGUUUUGUAUAAAAGUUAAAACAUUUUUUUUUAAAUUUUAACACGAGAUAAUUUGUUUCUUGCUCUAUUUUAGCGAUUAUUGAUAAUGCUUAAGAUAUUUACUAAUUUAGAUUUAUUGAUUUUAACCAUGUCUAUGAUAAUCAAGAUGAAAAUUUUAGGGAUUAGAACGUUAUUUUUGGUUUAGAAAAGUUGUAGGAUAUUAUUAUUAAAA